GUUUGUGCUCGAUAAUCGUUUGUUUUCUUUCAUCAGCCAAGUGUCGAGGAAAGACACUUGAUAAAAUUACCAGUACACGUGCCGUUUUUCCCUCGCUAGAAUUAGCAUCUGUACCAGUACCGUCUUCGAUCGAUGCUGGACAAAUUCAUACAGCGAGCGCAAAUUUACCCAUUUUUUACCUUUUACAUCCUUUCCAUUCUGAUUUUGUUCUGUGGAUUGGUUGGUGUAUCGUGCGAUCGCGGCAGUGCGGGAAAAUGGUGCUGGACGUGAAUCUGUUCCGUGAGGAGAAAGACGGGAAGGUGCAGGCUAUCCGCGCCAGUGAAGGGAAACGUUUCCGUGAUGGAGCGCUGGUCGAUCAGGUCAUCCAUAGCGAUGUUGAGUGGCGUAAAGCCAGAUUUUGUGUGGACGAGUGGAACAAGUGGAAACGAUGUGUCAGCAAAGAAAUCGGUCAGCACAAGAAGUUUCAGGCCGGCUCCAGUGCGGAUUUUCAGGGCGAGAAAACCGCCGUUUUGUUAGACGGAGAUGUAACUAUUGCGCCAGCACAACUCCCGCCUCUGGAGUCCAUGUCCGCCGAUAUUCUAAAGGGUCUGCAAAUGGCUCAAUUAAAGCAGUUAGCCGGCUUGAUGGACCAGGAGAUAAAUCGGUACACUGAUCUGAUGACAACGCUGGAAGAACAACGGGAUAAGGCGCUCAGAGAAAUCGGCAACUUGGUGCACGACACCUGCAUCGUCAGCAACGACGAGGAAGAGAACGGCGUGGAGAGGGUCUUCGGGGACGUAGCAUCCCGGAAAAAAUGGUCGCAUAUUGAUCUCAUCGCCAUGAUCGGCGGUUGUGAUACCCGUCGGGGGGCGGCUGUCGCCGGUGGGCGGGGCUAUUAUUUGCUAGGUCCCGUUGUGUAUCUGGAACAAGCGCUCAUCCAGCUAUCCCUGCAGAUUCUGGAAGACAAAGGCUUCACGCCCAUGUACACGCCCUUCUUCAUGCGCAAGGACGUUAUGAAGGAAGUUGCGCAACUGUCGCAGUUCGACGAGGAACUGUACAAAGUGAUCGGACGCGGCAGCGAGGACGCGGCGGACAUUAGCACCGACGAGAAGUACCUGAUCGCCACCUCCGAGCAGCCCAUCGCCGCCUUCCACCGCGGGGAGUGGCUGCCGGCGGAGCAGCUGCCGUUGCGCUACGCCGGCGUGUCCACCUGCUUCCGCCAGGAGGUCGGCUCCAACGGUCGCGACACCACCGGCAUCUUCCGCGUGCACCAGUUCGAGAAGGUGGAGCAGUUCUGUAUUACCUCGCCGCAUGAUGAUGAAUCAUGGCGCAUGAUGGAGGAGAUGAUCGGCAAUGCGGAGUUGUUCUGCCGGACGCUGGGCAUUCCCUAUCGCGUUGUCAAUAUCGUUUCCGGAGCGCUGAAUAAUGCCGCCUCGAAAAAGUACGAUUUGGAAGCCUGGUUCCCCGGAAGCGGUGCCUUCCGGGAGCUAGUGUCCUGCUCCAACUGCACCGACUACCAGUCGCGCCGGUUAGGCAUCCGUUACGGACAGACCAAGAAACAACGCGAUAAGGUGGAGUUCGUGCACAUGCUGAACGCGACCAUGUGCGCGACGACCCGCGUGAUCUGUGCACUGCUAGAGAACGGGCAAACGGCGACCGGCAUCACGGUACCGGAAGCGCUGCGCCCGUUCAUGCCGACAAAGUACAAAGAGCAGAUUCCGUUUGUUAAGAACGCCAUUCUUGCGAUGGAUAAUGCCGUUAAAGGUCACAAGCAAUAAUUCGAUAAGUAACCAGAAGAGGGCGCUGGCUGCACUGUUUCUCCCGAGCUGCGCUGAAGUUGGGUUGUUGACAGCGAAAUACAACUGCUGACUGCUGAGUACUCUGUUUUUUCCAAUACAAAGAUGAUUAAACUGUAAAGACUUGAAAAGAACGAAGCCUUCAAGUGUUGUGUAUACAUGUGGCUGUAACUUUCCGGGAUGGUAGCAACAGAGGAAGACUGCACUAACCAACUUCUCGUACCAAAACAGUACUUAAUUUAGUGGCCACUUUUUUUCCGAAAAAAAGUUUUCCGGGUAGCGCCGCGCAAUGAACUACGAGUAUUUUACUGCAGUGCUAUACUUAAAUACUGAAUAUGUAACUGGCGCGUCGGAUUAACGCGGAUAG